CAACAACCGCACAGGCUGCGCCCUCUCUUCCCACAACAAACACGACGAAUCAUGCUUGAGCAGACCAACAAGCUACAAGAGAAAUACGACUCGGUACUCGGAUGCACGCGUCUGCUGACUGAGGCACAUGCAGCCUUGAUUCGCUCCGUCAAAGACCUGAAUGAGUAUGUUCAAGAAACUCACCCUGAGCUAGACACGGAGGCCUCCGUUUCUACGCUCGUCGCGCCUUCGAAUGCUGCGCCUGCUACCCACGAAGCGCCGGUCAUUCCGGGGUCCGCUUCGAAGAAGAAGGAGAAGAAGGAAAAGAAGGUGCGUGAUCCAGAUAUGCCCAAACGCCCUGUCACUGCCUUUUUCCACUUCCAAAACGCAAUCAGGCAGGAGAUGAAGAAUUCUCUGCCCGACUCGGCCUCAGCAGCUGACGUGCAGCAAGCACUGGCGGCGAAAUGGAAGGAAAUGGACACAGAAGCGAGGAAGCCUUAUGUGGCAGCCAAUGAGGAGGCCUUACGAGCCUACACCAGAGAGAUGGACACUUACAACAAGAGUCACGGCAUUGCGCCCAAGCAAGCCCCAGCCAAGAAGACCACGCCAGCGGCAGAACCAUCUUCUCCAAAUACUUCGCCCUCUGCCGAAGAUGAAGAGGAUGAUGUGGCCGCCGCUUCUGUUUUACAAGAUGUUCCUUCGACUCCCAAGUCUUCCAAGAAACGAGGACGACCCGCCAAGAAGGAUGGGCAACCCAGUGCCAAAAAGGUGAAGACACCUGCCCAGGAGGCACCUGCUGAAACACCAAAGGCAGAGAAGAAGAAGAAGGAGCGAAAGAAGAAGUCGGCCGAGCAGAGUGCUUGAGUUGUGCCGCCCGGCCUUUUUCGUAGAGCCUCUCUGUAUUAAUAUUGUCCUUUAG